AUGACACGUGCAACACGUAAACAAGCAAUCGAGGAGGAACAGGCCGGGCGCCGCGCGACAAGGAGGAUGUCUAAACAGAUCGAUAGGGAGGGUGGUGGUGGUGCUGAAAAAACUAAUGCGUCCGUCGCGCGUGGCAUUGGGCUGAAAAAAGUGGCGGCAAAUAAGGUCGAGCGCGGUCAAGAGAAGUCCGGCAAGAAGGCGGAAGACAAGGGGAAGCAACCAACGCCACGCAAGCGUGUUUCUACAGUGAACAAAGAUGCGGAUGUUGCCUCUGCUGGAACCGAGCCCGGUCCGAGUAACGACGGCACCACUGGCGGCAACGAAGAUCCGGGGCGAGGGAGUGCGAGUUUUGCAGUCCCGUCGGCGGAGAGAGAGGGAUCGGCGACAGGGGGAAACCACGGAGGCGAUCCCCGCGCCGAGCAUGCCGCAACCAAGGAGUCCGAGGCGGAGGCAUCGCAACACCAUCUGACGCUGCUCCAGCCGACCGUGGUCGAAGUUUCUGCAGCCGUGCUGGAUAAGGACAAGGUGGGGGAGCACGAGUCGAUGGAGGAUCCUAACCACAGCAUCACCGACGUCGGUGGCUCUCCUCCUUCUGGUGGACGGGGGAGGCGUAGACGACAGGCAGUGCUGACGACGCCGGAGGCGCGGAAGUUGGGACAACGCGAUGAAGACCCUGGUGAUGCGGAGGAGGAGGAGGAUGAGGAGGAGGAUGUGGAGGAAGAGGAGGAUGAAGAGGAUGCGGAAGAGGAUGACGCGGAUGUUGGGGAGGAUGAAAAAGAUGAGAAUGAUGGCGGGGAGGACGAAGAGGAGGAGGAGGAGGAGGAGGACGAGGAGGAUGAGGAGGAGGAGGAGGAGGAGGAGGAGGAGGAGGAGGAGGAAGAGUAG